AAAUUAAGACUUGGAACAAGCAAGCAGACACACACACACACACAACUGAGUGCCAUGGCAUCUUCUUCUGCUUCAUCUGCAUGUACCAAACACAUUUUCUCCUCCACCCUCACUUCCUCUUCCUCCUCCUCCACCACCUCUCUUCUCUCAUUCCGCGACACCACCAUCUCCAUACCCAAGCUACUUUCCCACUCCAAGCACCACCAACGCUUCUACUUUGCGGUCAACAACGCCGUCAAAACCACCGUUGACACCACACUACCCUCCUCUGUGUCCACCACCACCAACCCCAAUGACUCUGUCGUGGCCGCAAAACCCACCAUCCUGGUGUCCGAGAAGCUGGGAAGCGCGGGAAUCGAGGUGCUCCGCGCAUUCGGACACGUGGAAUGCGCCUACGACCUCUCUCCGGAGGAUCUGUGCAAGAAGAUCUCAAGCUGCGACGCUCUCAUCGUGAGGAGCGGCACCAAGGUGACGCGGCAAGUGUUGGAGGCCGCAAAGGGAAGGUUGAAGGUUGUUGGAAGAGCCGGCGUGGGCAUUGACAACGUGGAUCUGCAAGCUGCCACCGAGUUCGGUUGCCUGGUUGUGAAUGCUCCGACUGCCAACACGAUCGCCGCCGCCGAGCAUGGCAUCGCUCUCCUGGCCGGCAUGGCCAGAAACGUUGCUCAGGCGGAUGCCUCCAUGAAAGCCGGGAAAUGGGAAAGAAGCAAGUAUGUGGGAGUGUCACUGGUGGGGAAGAUAUUGGCGGUGAUGGGAUUCGGAAAAGUUGGAUCUGAGGUGGCAAGGCGGGCAAAGGGGUUGGGAAUGAACGUCAUUGCACACGACCCCUACGCUCCUGCAGACAGAGCCCGUGCUGUUGGUGUCGAACUUGUGUCCUUCGAUCAGGCAGUUUCCACCGCUGAUUUCAUCUCCCUUCACAUGCCCCUCACUCCCGCCACCAACAAGAUCUUCAACGACCACACCUUCUCUCGGAUGAAGAAGGGCGUCCGCAUCGUCAACGUCGCCAGAGGAGGUGUUAUUGACGAGGACGCACUCGUUAAGGCCCUUGAUGACGGAAUUGUGGCUCAGGCAGCCCUUGAUGUGUUCAGCGAGGAGCCCCCGGCAAAAGACAGCAAGCUCAUUCAACACCGCAACGUGACUGUGACCCCUCAUCUUGGAGCUAGCACUAAAGAGGCUCAGGAGGGUGUUGCUAUUGAGAUUGCGGAGGCUGUGGUUGGUGCCUUGAAGGGCGAGCUGUCGUCAACCGCUGUGAAUGCUCCCAUGGUACCCCCGGAGGUAGUCUCAGAACUGGCUCCCUAUGUGGUGCUAGCGGAGAAGCUGGGGAGGCUAGCCGUACAAUUGGUUUCGGGGGGGAAAGGAAUCCAGUCCGUGAAGGUGGUGUACACAACAGGCAGGGACCCUGAUGACCUGGACACCAGGCUCCUCCGAGCCAUGAUCACCAAGGGAAUCAUCGAGCCAAUCUCAGAUGCCAUUGUAAACCUUGUCAAUGCCGAUUUCACGGCCAAGCAGAAAGGCCUUCGCAUCAGCGAGGAGAGAGUGGUGGUGGACUCAUCCCCUGAUCUGCCCGUUCACUCCAUCCAGGUGCAGGUGUCCAACGUGGAGUCCAAAUUCGCCAGCGCUGUGCUGGAUGGUGGCCAGAUCAGCAUCGAAGGGAAGGUGAAGUACGGUGUGCCGCACCUCACCAGCGUUGGAUCCUUUGCGGUCGAUGUCAGCCUUGAAGGGAACCUCAUCUUGUGCAGGCAGGUGGACCAGCCCGGGAUGAUCGGCCGCGUCGGCAACAUAUUGGGGGACGAGAAUGUGAAUGUCAGCUUCAUGAGUGUGGGAAGGACUUCCAGGAGAAGGAAGGCCAUCAUGGCCAUUGGUGUCGAUGAGGAGCCUAACAAGGACACUCUUCACAAGAUUGGUGCUGUCCCUGCUAUUGAAGAGUUUGUCUUCCUCAACCUCUAGCAAUGCAAUUUCCUCAACUAUUUUUCUUCAUUCACAAAAUUAUAUUCAUCAAUAUGUAUUGGAUAUGAUUGAGAAUAAAACUAGCACAUACAGCUAGCUAGUAGCUUGCAAUUCUAUCA